CCUUCCAGUCUGCAGCAAGGUGCCUAAAUCACUUCGAAGAACGUGGCAGCAUUUACGCGCUCGGCCGGGGCUCCACAGGUGGGCGCGCUCCACUUCCGAACUUGCCUGGCCGCGGGGUGCACCCCCUGUCCGUGUGGUGCAGGCCGGAGCGGCUCGCGUGGGGCGAGGGUUCCCAUGUAGGGCAGAACUCUGUGGGCUUGCAUCUCGGAGAUUGGGGUCUGAUCUCGGAGGUCCCCAGGAUGCCAGAUCAGGCUAAGUCCCGGCAAGACUUCACGCGAUGGAAAAAGAAGAAACAACCCGUGCGCCGCACGGUCAGCCAGAUCUGCCCGCCGCCCCGACGGCCGCUGACCGUGGCAGACAUCCGUCCGGGCAUGGAGAACGAGAGGCUGGGGGUCGUGCGUGACUCCAUGUUUCAGAACCCGCUCAUCGUCAAGGCAGAGCUUGGCAAGCCCCGGGAAAGAAGCUGCAGCUUGCCUGGUAUCAACUUCAAUUACGGACUCUACAUCCGAGGGCUGGAUGGCGGGGUCCCUGAAGCUAUCGGGCACUGGAACGUGUUUAAGCAGCAACCCACCUGCCCCCACGAGCUGACCCGGAACUAUAUUGCCAUGAACCGUGGGGCUGUCAAAGCUGGCCUGGUGACUGCCCGGGAAAACAUGCUCUAUCGGGAACUCAAUGACAUCCGUAUCAGUGACCAGGAGGAGCGGCGACAGAAAGAGCCACCCUCUGUCCCUCCCAACGUGACCUUUGGGAUCCGUUCACGGCCGUCCACACCCUUCUUUGACCUGUUACAACAUCGGUACCAGCAGCUCUGGGUACAGGAGCAGAAGGCCACUCAGCAAGCCAUCAAACUGGAGAAGAAACAGAAGGUGUACCUGGGGAAGCUGUACGAGACACGGAGCAGUCAGCUGAGGAAGUACAAGCCGCCCGUGAAGCUGGAUGCUCUCUGGCACAUGCCUCACUUCCAGAAGGUGGGUCCCCAUCUUGCUACAUUCCCCACGGAGGCCGAUCGCCAGCGAGCUCUUAAGGCCCACCGGGAAGAAUACGCCGUGCGCCAGGGCACCCUGCGGAUGGGCAACUAUACCCACCCCUAGCCCCCCCCCACAGGGGAGCCUCCUUGAUGCAGUAGAAAAAUCCCCAAAGAACUUACUUUGUCCCCCAAAUUCCAGGAAGACACACCCAAAUUUUGACCCAGCUUUUUGUCACAGGGACCUCAAAUUCAUGUCUUAGGCUACUUACCUUUUUUAUAAUAACCCCGAGCCCCCAACCCUUUCUGUUUUGUCUUACCCCCAAUUUCCCUCUGCCUAGGGAGCUCCGUCUUCCUCCUCGCUCUCUUCUACUUCCUCCUCUCCUCUUUCCCCCUUUCUCCUCUUCCAGGAGACCCACUCUGCUUCACAAGUCUUAGUUUACAACAUAAACCAAAAUUA